UGCUCUCGUCCGCAUUCGCGUUGAUCCACCUCAAGCUCUCUCUUGCCGGCCCUCAAAAGUCUAGUAUCACGCCACCGCCAACAUGGUCCGGAAACUCAAGCAUCAUGAACAGAAGCUGCUGAAGAAGGUCGACUUUCUCAACUGGAAACAAGACACCACUCUCCGCGAAGCCAAAGUCAUCCGCCGAUACCACCUUACAGACCGCUCUGACUACUCAAAAUACAAUGCACUAUGCGGCAGCCUUCGCCAGUUCGCGCACCGCGUCUCCCUACUUCCCGCCCAAGACCCCAAGCGAAGGCAGCUAGAGGGUCAACUGUUGAACAAGCUCUACGACAUGGGGAUCAUCAACUCGGGGCAGAAGCUCUCAGAGGUCGAGAACAAGGUCACGGUCAGCGCGUUCUGCAGGAGACGACUGGGUGUGUGGAUGUGCAUGCGCGGGAUGGUCGAGACGGUCAGCGCGGCGGUGAAGUUCGUCGAGCAGGGGCAUGUACGCGUGGGGCCGGAUACGAUCACGGACCCAGCAUUCUUGGUGUCGAGGCAUAUGGAAGACUUCGUCACCUGGGUAGACACGUCCAAGCUGAAGAGGACGGUCAUGGAGUACAACGACGAGUUGGACGAUUACGAUCUUUUGUAGCCCCGCAUCAUUUCCUCGCAUUGUAUUCUUUUCUCUCUCGUGCAUUUGUAUACCAUGGUCCUCAUUUAUCCGCAACACACGAAAUUGCGUGUCCAAAUGUGCGUCUUACCUUGUCCUUGAGCACCCGCAUCGGCAUGUAUCUCGACACUUGUGCUUUCGCUCGCCAAGCGUCACCUGUCCGUAUCAUCUGCCACCAACGCCUUGAGGAGGACCUGCGUCUGCCCG